AUGAACGUGGUAACUGCGAUUGGAAACUUUGGCCCGGAGACGGUAGCGCCAGUGGGCAAGGAGUUGGAGAAAGCGGCUAUGAAAGGGCAAACAGGUGGUAGACGGGGGAAAAGGAGGCGUAUGAAGAUGCUCCAAAUGGAAGAUCGAAGGCAAAGUUUAGAAUAUCGCGACCAUCAGCGCAACUACAUUGCGAAUCAGCGGGAAAGAGCAGUUGUUGGUGGAUGGGGCGGGGUUGGGAGGACUGCGCCCACAAGUCAAAGCGAG